AGCCCGUUAGCAGCUGAAGCCCAGUCAUGUGACACCAACUUGUCCAGCUCACACUUCCGCUACUGCGUGUACGAAAAGAAAAAAAAAAAAAAGUUGGGGUGAAAUCUCGGAGAAGUUUGUCUUUGCAGGGAACUUUAAUAACGCUACGUUACACUAACAUACCGACAAGUUUAUGAGCUGUUUGUAGCUCGAUAGAGGAGCAGAAUACGUCUACUCGUCUUUUAAAUGAGGAGCAUGUCGACGGGCGCUUUGUACAACGACCAAGGAGGAGCGGAGACAGCGGUGGAAGCGGGGCAGGAGAGUACCCCGACCUCCUCCAGCUCCGGAGCCGCCUUUGGACUGUUCAGCGCUGACUUUAAAAAGAAUGAAGACCUUAAAGAGAUGUUGGAAAGCAACAAGGAGUCGCUUAAACUGGAGGCCAUGAAAAGGGUCGUUGGGCUGAUCGCCAAAGGGAAAAAUGCAUCCGAGCUGUUUCCCGCUGUCGUGAAGAACGUCGCGAGUAAGAACAUCGAGCUCAAGAAGCUCGUUUAUGUGUACCUGGUGAGGUACGCAGAGGACCAGCAGGACCUGGCUUUGCUAUCUAUCAGCACCUUCCAGCGGGCCCUCAAGGACCCAAACCAGUUCAUCCGGGCCAGCGCACUGAGGGUUCUGUCCAGUAUCCGUGUCCCCAUAAUCGUCCCCAUCAUGAUGCUGGCCAUCAAGGAGGCUGCAGCUGACUUGUCCCCCUAUGUCAGGAAGACUUCUGCCCACGCUAUUCAGAAGCUCUACAGCCUUGAUCCAGAGCAGAAAGAGCAGCUGAUUGAAGUGAUCGAGAAACUAUUGAAAGACAAAAGCACACUGGUGGCCGGCAGUGUGGUGAUGGCCUUCGAGGAGGUGUGUCCAGAUCGCAUCGACCUGAUCCAUAAGAACUACAGAAAGCUGUGUAACCUGCUGGUGGAUGUGGAGGAGUGGGGCCAGGUGGUCAUCAUCUCCAUGUUGACACGCUACGCCAGGACACAGUUCACCAGCCCCUGGAAAGAGGGUGCCGUGUUUGAUGAAAACAAUGACAAGACGUUCUACGACUCUGACUCUGAGGAGAAAAAAGGCCAGAACGAGGCGGCGCCUUACAUCAUGGAUCCAGAUCACAGACUGCUGCUCAGGAACACCAAACCUCUACUGCAGAGCAGGAACACCGCUGUGGUGAUGUCUGUCGCUCAGCUCUACUGGCAUUUGGCCCCAAAACAUGAAGUCAGCGUUGUCACCAAGUCGUUGGUUCGACUCCUAAGGAGCCACAGAGAGGUGCAGUACAUUGUUCUUCAGAAUAUUGCUACGAUGUCCAUUCAGAGGAAGGGGAUGUUUGAGCCCUUCAUGAAGAGCUUUUAUGUGAGAUCCACAGACGCCUCACAUAUCAAAACACUGAAGUUGGAGAUCCUGACCAACCUGGCCAAUGAAGCCAACAUCUCCACCAUCCUGAGGGAAUUUCAGACCUAUGUGAAGAGCCAGGACAAGGCGUUUGCGGCUGCCACCAUUCAGGCCAUCGGCAGGUGCGCCACCAACAUCUCCGAGGUGACGGACACCUGUCUCAACGGUCUGGUGCUGCUGCUUUCCAACAGAGACGAGACUGUGGUGGCCGAGAGCGUGGUGGUGAUUAAGAAGCUGCUUCAGACGCAGCCCACCGAGCACAGCGAGAUCAUUAAACACAUGGCCAAGCUCUUCGACAACAUCACUGUUCCCAUGGCCCGAGCCAGCAUCCUGUGGCUGAUGGGAGAAUACUGCGAGAGGGUGCCAAAGAUUGCACCAGAUGUUCUACGUAAGAUGGCGAAGACUUUCACAGCAGAGGAGGACAUCGUCAAGCUGCAGACAGUCAACCUAGCAGCUAAACUCUACCUGACCAACUCCAAGCAGACCAAGCUGCUGACCCAGUACAUCCUGAACCUUGGCAAAUACGACCAGAACUACGACAUCAGAGACCGCACGCGUUUCAUAAGACAGCUGAUAGUGCCAAACGAGAAGAGCGGCGCCCUCAGCAAGUACGCCCGGCGCAUUCUACUGGCGCCCAAACCAGCCCCGGUGCUCGAGUCCGCCUUCAAAGAUCGAGAUCGUUUCCAACUGGGCACUCUCUCCCACAGUCUCAAUAUCAAAGCGUCUGGAUACCAAGAGCUCUCGGACUGGCCGGCCGUCGCUCCUGACCAGUCAGUGAGGAACGUGGAGGUCAUUGAACCAGUGAAAGAGUGGGUGCCGUUAGUUGGGAAGGCCAAAAAACCGAAAUCUGAUGACAAGUUCUACUCGGACGAUGAAGAUGAGAAAGAAAAGGACGACUCUGACAGCAGUGGCAGUGAAGACAGCAGCAGCAGCAGCAGCAGCAGUAGCGACGAGUCGGGCAGUGACAGCGAGGAGGAGGAGAGCAGUGAAGAGUCAGAGAAGAGCUCCGGUGAUUCUGGAAAGAGUUCAGGUGAAUCCGAAAAGAGCUCGAGUGAAUCUGAAUCAGAGCAAAAAAAGAAGAAAAAGAUGAAGAAGGCGCCGCUGAAGAAAAACAAGCCAACUGCUGCUGACAGUGACUCAGAUGAAAACGGUAACGGACCCGUAGCCCAAGCUAGCAGCUCAUCAGCCGAAAGCUCCUCCGGUUCAGAGACGGACUCUGAGGAAGACUCUGACUCAGACCCUCCCCCCGUGACGCAGAAGAAGAGCGAUGUCAAGUCCAAACCCAAGGUGGAAGUGAAGUCCAAGAAGGAAGUGUCUCUACUGGAUCUAGAUGACUUUUCUCCAGAAAACACAAACGCACCAAAGUCUUCGCUCCUCUCUUCGAGCCUGCUGUCGGACCUGGAAGGCCUCUCUCUCUCCAACAUCUCCUCCACCAUGCAGGUCACCACUCCGUCUUUCGGUCCUGUGAAAACCUACGAGCUGCUUCACCAUAUGACAGGAAAAGGCCUGUCAGCGAAGUACCAUUUCCCCAGGCAGCCCUGUCUGUACCAGCCCAGUAUGGUGGCUGUACAGGUCAUACUGACCAACAGCUCAGACCACAGCCUGGAGGAGAUCCAUAUAGGAGACCGGAACCCAGCGAGCCUCAACAUCCACUGCUUUAACACCAUCGAGCGGUUGGAGCCAGAGGCCUCGGUGACUGUUUCCAUGGGUAUUGACUUCAGCGACUCGACACAAGCAGCCAACUUCCAGUUGUGCACCAAGGAGGAUCAGUUCAGUGUGUCCAUCCAGCCUGCAGUGGGAGAGUUAUUAUUGGCCAGUGCCAUGACAGAACAGGACUUCUCCAAGGAGCAAGGUAAGCUCCUGGGUAUGAAUGAGACCUCGGCAACCAUCACCAUGGCAACAGCAAACACCUCCAGCCAGGCCAUCAGCAAGCAGGUCCUGUCUGUGGCCAACGUAGGAGAGGUUUCAUCCAGCCAAAACAACCUCCACAGGUUUGCCGGGCGGACGGUCAGCAGCGGAGCUCUGGUCUUGGUGUCGCUGGAGCUGAAGGAGUCCUCGGCCGCCCUGCUCACCAUCAACACAGAGAAGAGCGUCAUGGCGUCCAUGUUGCUCCGAGACCUCAAACAAGCCCUCACGCAGGCAUAGAGUUUCUCAUCUCCUCAAAACCCACAAGACCUUUAGUAAAGGUAAAGGGGAGCAGCACUUCAAUUAAAGAAUUCAUAUACUUUAUCUCUGUGGUUUAGGACAGGUCAGGCACUACUUUUAUCCAAAAACCAGAAACCGAAGAACUACAGUUUGAACUUGUGAGCUCACAGAGAAAGAACCGGGAACGACGGAGGAUCACUCGUGCAGUGUUUCUUAUUUUUUACGGUCUGUCGCUUCAGAAAAGAUUGUCCUGAACCACGGAGAUAACUUUGUGAAAGUCUUUGAAUAAAGUGAUGAUCUCCUUUAAAACGCACAGAAGGCAGCAUAGACUUUAUAAUAGAUUUUUAAAAUGUGAAACUUCUAUUCAUCCCACCUCAUCCUUUUAUAAGUCACAUUUAAACCCUCCCCCAGCAGAAAAAUGACGAUUUCCAUUCAUGAUUUUGACCAAUGUACAGAUAUUUGUACGUACAUUUUGGGAGAACGAGCAGCUCAGCGUGCUACAGGUCAGUCUUUCUGUCCCUCUUCUGUGUUUAUAUACGAUUUGAGACACUCCUCUAAGAAAUUUCAAGCGCUGUUGUUCGACUGUAUUUAAUUGGCAUCCCCGCCUGAGCCAAGUGACCUCCGUGUUUGCAUUGAUGGAUUUUGUACUUUAGUGCCAAGAAAUGGAGAAAAACAAACAAACCCUUAAACACGGUCAUUAAAUCAGAAGCCUUAAAAAGU